AUGAAGAAAAUAUUCCUACGCUUAUCGGUGGUUCUCUUAUCCCUCGUUUGGCUUUCUGGCAUAUCACUAGCCGCCGUUCCCUCUCCUCUACGCCACGGCCUGCCUGUCGCCAACCCGACGCUCUCCCGAUCCCGGACAGAGUCCAAGACGAACGACGAAACCUACGAAAGCCGCAACCAUGAACCCGCAAAGUGGCCGACGGUUCUCGCUAGUAGAGGCGUCGAAGAGAUUCCGACCAAGGAAGAGCUAGGCCUCAGAUACAAAAUCGAAGGGGACAACCACUUCGUUACCGGCCCGGACGGCUUUUUUCUCGACGCCAACUGCGAUGCGAGAAAACGAACGAUUGAAAUACCAUGGGUUCGCAAUCCGAGCCAACGGCUUGGAGCGCGAGCAGUACUAGCAAGCUUGUGGAAAUAUGAGUUGCAGUGGAACGGACUCAACUCGGUCCACUUUACUCAUAUCAACAACGAAAAAGCUCUUGUCUCUAUUGAUAAAGCCUGGCGGAUCGCCAAGGAGAACAAUCAGCUGGGCGACGCCGAGACGGAUGGGUCUCUUCUGGUAAUGUACUGGGAGGAGGCCUUUGACACUCUAGUAUCUGAAAAUAGGCUUGGCUAUAUGGUUCAAAGGAUGUUGUCGGUCUAUGAAGACUUUGCCGACUAUUGUCUUACACUGUAUUGA